AAAAUAUUCGUCCAGUGUACAAAAAUAUUAGACGACUCAGAAAAGGGAGGCCAAACUCCUUCAUUCUUGACACAUAUGUAGACACGAAACUUGUCAUGGUAUCAUAGAGGGAGGUCCGAUUCUAGAGAUGUCUUACAUUCUACCAAUCGAAAGUUGGAACCUGCUCGUAUGAGCAUCUGAAGUAAGUCAGAGGUACAGUUUUAUUUAUCGAGUGGGCGAUCAUCGUAGAUGCUCGAAAGGUAUUGGUCUAAGUGGCGUAGCGAUUCGCGCCGAAUCCGUAAUGAGAGGGAACCGAAAUCUCGAAACUCUGACAAUAAGGGACGCUGGAGUCGGGACGGGCGUUGCUCGCGAAAACAAACCACUGGUAAUGAUCGAAGUUUGUCGCGAGGCCACUCGAGGUAAUGGCGAGUAGUUAGACGAGCGCGUGGUCAAACGCAACCCUCGACAACCCUUUGGAUUACAUCGAGAUCCGAAGGGUAUAGAAAGCAAAUUGUUGAAGCGAACGCGACUGAAACUUCCCUCUCGUCUUUACCGCGAGAACGGGAUAUCUCUCGGUCUCUUUGAUUGUUUCCAUCUAAAUUUCCAACUUCAUCCCUUAUCGACUGAUCUUCGCGAUUUCUCUAUAAACUACCGUCGAGCGAAUCGCUUUUACGCGAACGCUAUCAGAAGUAAUGCGACUCAUUGUUCAAAUUAAAACGAUUUUAAAUUUUUUAACAUACUUCCUUGUUGAUAUGCAAGAGUAAACAGUUUGUAGAUCUUGUAGGGGUGCGUCACGUAGCUUAUUAAACAACGAACGUUGAAAAUAAAAGUAUCGUGUCCAACAUUGUCCUGUUGUAAAAAAAUAGUUCUUACGACUAGGUUAAUUUUCAGUUAUUGUUCACGUCUAGCCACGUUUACAUCUACAGUAUAAACAUCUGUUCCAAGUGCUGGUCAACAGGUUUUAUUUAUAUGAGGGUUUAUUCUCAGUUUGAGUAUCGCAUACCUCGUGUACCGCUAGAAUAUUGCGCAGUUGUCCGCUGGAAGAUUAGAGCACCAAACUCGAAGGAAGAUUCAUGCGCAGGGUCGCCAUAGCUGGACACAACUAUGCAAGCAAACUUCCCGGACACAAUGUCCGGCUAACUAUGCAUCGAAUGACGUGAACUGUGCAAUGUUUGCACCAAUAUACCGGGAGCGGCAACUGCGAACUGCAAAUCGUCACUGACGAAAUCAGAUUACGAAACGAAUUUACUCGAGGAGCCAAACCUAGCUACGGCGACGCUCUGAUUACUUCGGAACUUCCCACGAAUUUCUAUAUUCGUGAUCUUCCCUUGCCGAUGAAAUCGUGAUUUCAGGUGGUGGUUGAACAGGCGCCAACAGCAUUCACAAAUUUGCUCUCGGAAUGAAGAACGCUUAAUGGAAUAUUGGAAACUUUACGCGCCAGUGUGAAGCCGUAAAGAUGUUGAAUUUAUGAAACCCUUAAACGAUGCAAAAUUCGCGCUUGUUUCCCGCCUCCUUCAUAAAUUUCGCAAGUUUUUGUCGCGUACUUAUUAUGCAACGGUCUCGCGUGCUUCAAAAAUGGAUACUGCAAAUGCGAGAUUAAGAUUCGAUUAGUCGCGAGUUUAUCGUGUAAACUUAAUAAAAUCCGACUAAACGACCAUAAAGAGUAGUAUGAGGUCAAGUAAUUUAGGAAAGUGUUUAGAUAAGAUGGUAUGCAGUAGUUUAAAAAUGAAACACAAUGAGAUUACGUUUUGUCGGCUAAUUUAAAAUCGUGACUGUCGAAGUCCUUAUGCAUUGCGAGAGAUAGAACGACCUCGCGAUUUGGAUAUCGUCGUUGAUAUUCGCGGCAGUAUUACUGUCCUCGUUGCAUACCUAAAUCGAAUAUCGAAAUGCAAUCUUGGCAUAUUUUGCAUGUAAAAUCGUGGAAGACAUUGGGCGCGGUAAAUGCAAUUGUAAUACUCGAAAUUUAAGAACAGACUGAAAGAAAAGAAGAGCGACCACUAAUGAUUGGUGCACGAGCGUCUAUGCAGGUUGGUCGAAAGGGGUGAGAAGUUUGAAUAGGUCCCCGAGGGCGUAACAACGUCGUAGACGUGUAUGCCGCGUCUUCCCUCGCUUCACCUUGCAUGUCUCUGUAUACGACUAAGUACAAUAUAACUCUCUCUUCUGACUCCUGUCGCCACGGUUUGACAUAACGGCUCUGAGCACCGGGCAAGUUUAGAACUAGCGAACCCGGCUUUAUCUACGGUCCACGGGCGAGAUUAACGAAACAAAGAGGUUAUCCCCUUGUGGAAUGUCGUCUUUCUCGUUUAAGGAUUCGAUGCACAAUCUCCCUUUAUGCGGGUCGUACAACUGACAAGACCAACGUAUGAGUUACAAUUGUACAAGAGAAAUCAUAAAGGAACAAUGAUGUUUCGAGGGCUUUCUUUGGAAAGAUUCCUUUGUCGAGCAUUUAAUUGGAAUUCAGUACGAGACGGUAAGCAAAUCGAUUUAUUUGGAUUCGACGUCGUUAUUAGUUCACUCUGGCUGCGUAGGCAGAGCAAUUUCCUUUUUAUAGUUAACCGCGGUUCAAAUCGAUAGAUAGUCGCACCCGGUCGGCCGUAACUUCGUUUCGAGGGAAAUAUCUGGAUAAAACUGUCGAGGAGAAACUUCGUAGUGCUUUUGCAUGCUUCAAGAGCUCCUUAAUGGUCGCUAAGAAGAGCUUAUUGAAAGAAAGUUACCUCGUUUAAAUCCAAUCCCUUUAGUUCGCCGCAUUCAUCGCGCAUGCAUGAACCCACCUCCGACGAAAUUCAUCGCGGACUUAGUGGUAGUGUAUUCAAUCAAAAGUUGCCUUGCAUCUGGUCAGCUGAGUUAACCACGAGUUCCAGUCGAGGCGUUGGCGUCGGUUUAACUCGCGACUACUUUACUUUCAGACUUUUCAAAUCACAGAACCGACUCGCUUUGAGCCGCGAAACGAGUCGAUGCUCGUUUAAAUUAGUUAAAUCAACCGUUCGACUGUUGCUAAUGAACUUUGCUCAUUAGCGUCCCAUGGUUGGGUGUUACAAAAGUGAAAUUUUCAGAGACGUCGAUACACCAUGUGAAAAUUAAAUUAAUCCAGUUGAUUUGGUGAACGAUUGAAAAGCUGACAACGAUUAACGAUAUUUGUUUUUGUAAACAGAUCAAAAAGAAGAGUAGAGGUACGUUAGACGGAUUUGCGAGAUACUUUGAAAUCUUCGUCAAUAUUUACCUUGCUGUGAUGUAUUCCAACAGUGCGUGGGAAAAUACUAUAACGCGCAAGAUAAAGGAUGUAUGCAUGACCGAUGUCUCUAGAGACGGAGAGAGAAGACGUCUGGCCAAUUUAUUAUGCAAACAUUUACACUCGACGUGCGCUACCUUAAAUCUCGGUGCUUGCCUGAAAUGCCCCGCUAAGCUUUCUAUUAACCGUGAUGUAUCGGCACGAAUACAACCGUCACGACGUGGAUCGAUCACCGUCUUUGUUCUCGCUGAAAUGUCUGCAGUAUUUUAUUUACGUAUCUCCUCUCAUUGCACGUUCAGAAAAUUUAUUCGAAAAGAAAUCGAAAUCGUUUGGAGUAAAAGAACUAUGAAAUAAAUUUUGGGGUUAAAUCGUGUGUCUCGGGCUACCGUGGAAGGCUUUCACCGAACCGAAGAAAUCACGACUGGUUCAGAGAUAUCGAUGAGGAAGCCUUUAGUCAACCCUUGGAAACCGAUGAAACUUUAGCAAGACAUUCGCUGUAGAAACUUAAAAAGCGUACGUAUGAUCGCGCGAUUUCUAUAAAGUUUCAUAAAGCAUUUUCACGAUAGGAAGAGGCUAGAUGUCGCCAUUUUUCAAUCGGUGAAAUGAAGUUCGUGUUCCCAAAAUUGUUCGUUGCCAUUCCGACAAAGGAGGAUAAAUAUGGAAUUGACGUGAAAUAAUUCGGCUCGGUCAAGAAACAGCUCAGUUAUUCGUAAAAAUCCGCUUGUAACAAAGAUGGAUUUGCCGCUCGAUCUCAGAACGUUUCACCUUCAUCGGUCAAGGAACAUUAAGACCACGAAAGAUCCAGCGACAACGGAUUCCUCGAGCGAAGAUAAAGCGGACCAAUCCUGCAGCAAAUUGGCUCCUUUGAUCAGCCUGGAAAAGAAGGAGAGCCCUGUGAAUCCGUACAAUCGAGCAGACUGGACGAAAAUGAACUCGAAAUGGCCGCUUCCGGACACGGAUGACAAUGAGAUCAGCGCUGUUAACAGUCUACCGCAACUCGACUGUGGUGCAUUCCCGAAAUCGCACAUGGACACGUGUUCCUGCUGUCCUCGGGAGACCUUUGACAACUACGAUACAGACGCUAUCGCCAACUACAGGAGCAUUGUUCUCAAAGACGACGGUUGUUGCAAAGCCCAUUGGAUGCGAAAAGAGUGUUAUCAACGAAUUAAGGCCAAAGUGAAUAAGGCCGUCAAGAGGCACAAAAUAUUUUUGAUACGCGGCGAGUUGCCAAAAUUGAAGGAAGCUCUAGAGAGAAGAGGCUGGGUGCAGAAAUACGAAGCCACAAAAACAAGAACACUACCUUACGGUAGCGUGGCCAGCUUAGAGGCAAGAUCAUUAGGCGAUCUGACUCAACCGGACGGAACAUUAAACGAGAGAGCGGUGGUUUUCGCUUUACUACGUCACAAAUCGCCUGACUUUAUAUGGGACUCCCGAAACGACUUUGUCGACUGGCACCGUGGCCUAAGUAGCAAUACCCUCCUCAACAGAUAUCAGAAACCCUCAGUUUACACCUCCAAGCUAGGAAUGGCUCGUAUACUGGAAGAAGCUCACUGGUUGUACGAGAAGGACGUGUCGAGCGUGUUAUUCCCUCGAAGUUACAACCUCAGCAGAGAACCGAAAGCUUUCCUCGAGGAUUUUCGACUGACCGCUGCUGCUGGCCUGUUGAAGUGGUUCGUAGAAAGAAUGCAAGACAACCGGGACACGGUGGACCUGGGACAGCGUACGAUUCCAAUGAGUCGAGUGGAAUUUGCCAUAAAACGCUGCGAGGAAUUUAUUGCUUGCGCGAGCCAUAAGAACAUAGAUGAAGACUUUGUCGCCGAGCUUUCGGAAGAGGAGUGGAAUUCCUUUUUGGAUGAUUACGCCACAGCCGUCCACGAUUACGGGAGAAUCGAGAAUAUUUCAGAGAAAAGUCAAGAAUAUCUCCAAAAGUAUAUCGAAGCAGCAAAGUCGACUCUGUCGAAAUUGAAAGAGGUCGAUCCGCAGUACGAGCUGAAUGGAAUGCGGAACACGUGGAUCCUGAAACCCAGUGAACUUUGUUGCGGUACCGGUAUCAGUAUAUCUCACAACCUGAACGACAUAUUCCGAAAGGUAAAGAGUCGUCCAAAGGAUUAUUUCAUCGUUCAAAAGUACAUCGAGCGUCCUUUAUUGAUUCACGACACGAAGUUCGAUAUCAGGCAGUGGUAUUUGGUCACCAAUACGUUUCCUAUGACAAUAUGGUUAUUCAAGGAAGGACUGCUUCGGUUCAGCUCGAAGCCCUACACUUUCUCAACUUAUCACGAAGCGAUUCAUAUCUGCAAUACCGCCAUUCAGGAGAAGUACGACGAGGAAAGGAGGAGAAGGAGGAAGCGUGGAAUUUCGGAGGAAGUCGUAAAAUCGGUUCGCGAUCAGGGAUGGGACUGCGAGAAGCUGAACGAAUAUUUAAAGCAAAUGGGACUCGAGGGCGAACCGUAUUACGACAAGAUUUACCCGAAAAUGUCGGAAGCUAUAGUUCUGACGAUGUUAGCCUCCCAAGAACACAUGGACAGGCGACGGUGCAGUUUCGAGCUGUACGGAGCUGAUUUCGUCGUGAUGGAAGACCUCUCCGUCUGGUUGAUCGAGAUCAACACGAAUCCUCGGAUGCACCCGCCCAGCUCGAGAAUUACCAAACGCCUCUAUUCCGGUGUCCUCCAGAGCUUGGUUAAAGUGGUAAUGGACGUGCCUAUGAACGCAGCUGCAGACACUGGCGGGUUCAGCCUCGUCUACAAGCAACAUAUACCCGAUUUCCGACCUUAUCUCGGGCCUUGUCUCUUCGUGUUCGGCAAGUCGAUAACGCUGCAGGAGCAUCCGCGAAAACGCGACAAGAAGAAGGGAAAGGCGAACGGGUGGAUCAAGCAGCAACAACACCAACAACAGCAACCCCGUGCAUGGACCGCUCCACCAAUGAUUCCGCGCUCGAGGGAUCCAAAAAUAGUCGACUUCAUCGACUAUUUGAACACCGCUCGAGCUGUAACUUAGCUUUACAAUCGCAUUAGUAUACGAUAAUUGUCUUCGUGGGCAGGCUUGUAAAAUGUACGAUACGUAAUAAUCGAUGUAACAGCUCCGCGUCCGUUGCAUCGCGAUGCGCGCACGCUUCUUAUCGCAGCCGCAUCCAUUCCAAGCAAAUCGAUAGUUGGUAAAUCAAAAUAUACGAAUUUGAUAAAACGUAAUUGGACGAGCGUUGCUUUGGGGUUAUCGCGUGUUAGACUGGUUGCGAACGGGUAGAGGUAGCUCGACACGGAGAAUUAGUCGAAAGGUUGUUAAAAGGUCGGAACGACCCAGUUUUCGCGUGGAGUUCAACGACGAAACGGUGAGCGCGCGUUCCGAGUUAAAUCGCGAGCAAUUAAAAAAAAGGAAAACAAAAAGAAACGGGCAAUUCUUUUUUUGGUGUAGGAAGGACAAUAAACGCAAGAAAAGAAUGAACGUAGAACGUAGUCUAGCACCGAAUCCAAAUUUUCAACGAAACACAUUUCCUGUUUCGACCGAAACUAAAUCUGGAUCGUUACUUUCACGUUGACAUAAUCGACGGAUGAACAACUGCAUUCUACUGUCGAGCAAGUUUAUCGCAAGUCGAGAAUAUUCGGGUUUGGUCGUAAUUUACCGGUUCCUCUGGCCAGCGCGGCGAGUAGGUAGCUUCCCGGGAAAAGUCAGUUGCACCGUAGUGUAAUUAAUGGGCUCAAGAUAGACGAAGUAAUUAACGCUGUCAUUAGCCGGUGCCGUCGCUGCGUCGACGUUUCUUUCGGCAACUUCCUGCCAGAAAUACUGGGCUGAAUGUAUUCGUGAGAGCUGAAGAGGAGACUCCACUCUUCGUACGAAGUCUUUUAUACCGUUCGUGGCACUGUGAGAACAAAUAGCGCAUCGAGGUAACGCUUUAUGUAUACGAAAUACGGUAUAUUUGGGGGUAAAAAUACGGUAAACUUUUGUGCGGGCGAACGUUUUAGAUCAAAUAUUUUAUCGUUCGGAGUGUAACGAAAAUCAAUAGCCAAGCGUUUUUAGGCAAUAUUUUUAUAAGGGAAUAUGGUAGAAAAUUUCUGAAUCGCAAAAACUAUUCUAUUUCGUGUAAGUCCGAGCACAUUUAUUAACAUCGAAUCGAUGAACUGGGCUAAAAU